AUGGGCGAUUCAACAACAAGCAGACUCAGCCUGAUCGCCGCCGGGAGCGCUCAGUUCAAUCCAUCCCCACCGGUCCACGAAGCACGAGCGAGAGAAGAGCGAGAACAUACCCAAGCAGAUCGGCUGGAGAGUGGGAUUGGGGACCUCGAGUUAGACAACAUACAACCCGGCGGAAGAGGCAAAGGAAGAUUGUCUGAACGACUCGAUCGACUAGAACAUCCAAAUUUAUACGACCAUCUCACCGAAGACGACGAAGACGACGAGGGCGACGACGAACAGAUGCCGAAUAGAAAGUCCAAGUCUCGCUCUCCCAACCCGCGAGGAGGCUCGCUCCGCAGCAGCACUCGUCGAAAGAUCGGCUCGCUGUCUACUUCAUCAUCGAUAUCAGAACUAGCGAACGGAUACACUGGCGACGCAGAUAUGAAUGGCACCAUACUCGAAGCACGGCAGCGGAAACAUGCCUCCCUCGAGAUCCCCGGCGAAGACUCCGCGGAAGCGGCAGAAAGGUUGAUGGGGAGGAGUACGUUCAGUCUGGACCAUCCGCCACCUGAAACACCUAGCAAGAAUGAAGGAGGACAAGAAAGCAAGGGCUUCUUUGAGCUGCCGAAGCAAGAUCAACGGAAUUUCUUGCUCUUGGUGUUGCUCUAUUUCUUGCAGGGGAUACCGAUGGGAUUGGCGGGUGGUAGUGUGCCUUUCUUGUUGAAGAGCCAUCUGAGUUAUGCGCAAAUCGGAGUGUACUCGCUUGCGAGCUAUCCAUACAGUCUGAAGCUGUUAUGGAGUCCUAUUGUGGAUGCGGUCUGGAGCACGAAGGUCGGGAGGAGGAAGAGCUGGAUUCUGCCGAUUCAGAUGUUGAGUGGAUUUGGUAUGAUUUGGUUGGGCACGAAAGCGGAACAGAUGAUGGUGCAGGCUGGCGAAAACGGAGGAGCUGGAAUCUGGGGCUUCACCGGCUGGUGGUUUGCAUUGGUGUUCAUGUGUGCUACACAGGAUAUCGCGGUGGAUGGAUGGGCACUGACACUACUAUCUCAAUCGAACUUGUCCUACGCCUCCACAGCACAGACCGUGGGUCUCACUGGCGGUCAAUUCCUGUCAUACACCGUCUUCCUGGCGCUCUCAUCACCGGACUUCGCAAACGCAUACUUCCGCUCCACGCCGGAGGAUGUUGGCCUCAUGACUCUGAACUCCUAUCUUACCUUCUGGGGCUGGUUCUAUCUGGUUGUCACACUCGGUCUUGCCAUUCUCAAGAAAGAGGAGCGGACCAAGGAGAGGGAGGGCAUCUGGGAUGUCUACAAGAUCAUGGGAGGCAUUCUGAAGUUGAAGAAUAUCCAGAUCUUCAUCAUCAUCCACCUGAUUGCGAAGAUUGGAUUCCAGGCCAACGAUGCCGUAACGAAUCUGAAGCUCCUCGACAAGGGCUUUUCGCAAGAGGACCUCGCUUUGACUGUUCUCAUCGAUUUUCCAUUCGAAAUGGGUCUCGGAUACUACGCCGGCAAAUGGUCUGAACAAUACCAGCCCAUUCGAGUGUGGUGCUGGGCUUUCGUUGGCAGGCUGGCAGCGGCUGUGGUGGCGCAACUGGUUGUCAUGUUCUUCCCGGCCAGUGGAACCAACCUGCCGUACUUACUCCUGAUCAUUGUGACGAAUGUGUACAGUACAUUCACAAACACUGUCAUGUUCGUCGCGAUCUCUGCCUUCCACGCGAAGAUUUCCGAUCCGGCAAUCGGCGGGACGUACAUGACAUUGUUAGCAACGUAAGUUGUCCUUCACCUCGACGUCUUGGUCCACCAUCUGACUGACAUGAUCACAGGGUCUCGAAUCUCGGCGGAACCUUCCCACGAUUCUUCAUACUGCGUUUCGUGGACGCCUUUUCGAAAGCCACCUGCAUACCUCCUACAACACCUCCCGCAGAUCUCAAAGGAGAUCUUAUCACGCAGGCUUUCAGCUGUGUUGCGGAAGCUGAGAAGCAUAGAUGCGUCAAUGGCGGUGGGACUUGCGAUAUCCAAAGAGAUGGAUACUACAUUGUAAACAUAUUGUGUGUUGCAUUUGGGUUGAUUACGUUUUAUGGCUUUAUCAAGCCGCAAGCGUUGAAGCUGCAGGCUCUGCCCAUGAGAGCUUGGAGAUUGGCAAGCGGCUCAUGA